AAGGAUCAUUUCUGUGAAUAUGAAGAAGACGACAUUUCCAACAUUCCUGUUAUAAACAUCCGCCAUGUUUCACCUCAAGUGUUUGGUGAUGUACUUGUAUUUGUGUACACAAACACCUGCACUUGCACAGAGGAGAACAUCCAGGAGUUGAUGAGUGUGGCGGAGAUGUUCCUGCUUCCAGGUUUGAAGCGAGAAUGUGGUAACUGGUUGAUACGGUACAUAGAUGCAGAUACUGUACUGCCAAUACUUCGGAGUAGCCGGCUGUACAGUUUACCCAGGCUAGAAGAUGCAUGUACAGCGUACAUAGCUGAUAAUAUAGAACAGUUUGUUGGGAAUGAAGACCUGAACGAAUUGGUGAUGGAAGACGCUAAAUCUGUGAAAGAGAGGCAAGAGACUGAUUCUAUUCCUGUCAUUGAUGAUAUCAGAUCCCAUAUCAGGUUGGGAGUGCGAACCCUGGCAGAUGUGGCGGAAGCAGAGAUUAAAAUACAAUUUCUAGAGUCUAUUCUAGAGAAUCUAGGAUUAGAUGCCUAGCUAUAUAUCUAGAGAUUAAACUACAAUUCCUAGAUUUUAUUCUAGAAUUUAGAUCUAGAUCCUAGCUAUAGAUCUAGAGAUUAAACUACAAUUCCUAGAUUUUAUUCUAGAAUUUAGAUCUAGGCCCUAGGUAUACGUCUAGAGAGAUUAAACUUCAGUUUCUAGAAAAUCUAGGAUAAGACGUAUAGCUAUACAACUACUGAUUUAACUCUAGUUUUCUAGAUUGUAUUCUGGAAAAGCUAGAUCUCGAGGCCUUUAAUUUAAUUUAAAUUCAAUAGCUAUACAUCUGAUGAUUUAACUCUAGUUUCUAUAAUCUUUCCUAGAAAAUAUAGCUACGCCUCUAGAGAUUAAACUUCAGUUUAUCGAUGUUUUUUCUAGAAAACCAAUAUCUUGAGGCCUUUAGUUAUACUUCUAAAGAUUAAACUUCAGUUGUUUGAAACUGUUAAAUCUAGAUUUAUACUUCUAGCUAGUUUCUAGAAGCCUGUCCUAAAAACUGGAUUUAAUAUCUAACUUAUUUUCACUUUUUGGUAUAAAAUAAAUUUUUAUGGGCUA